AUGGACUGGAAGGGCCUUCGCAUAACCAUCAAGCUUACGAUCCACAAACAACAGGUGAAGCUCCCUAGAGUGUUCUCCAUCGCCACGCUGGUCAUCAAGGUGCUGAAAGAGCCCGAGCACGACCCAAAGAAGAUGAAAAACAUCAAGGACAAGGAUUUUAUUAUGGUUAAUGGAGAUGGAUCUGGUGCUGAGGCUGGUGUGAACGGUUUGCUUUGCUCUUAUGUUCCUAAUGGAUUGCCUGCCCAGAAAAUCCGCGACGUGCCUGCGGUUUCGCUGUUAGGCCUUGUACGUUGA